GGUGCAUUUUGGGUCAGUAGCAUGCCCGUAGGAUGCACCGAGACCAACCUACAAUGUGGGCGUGUCUAGUAUCUGAAGUAGUAUCUGAAGUAGCAUGCUACUCGCUCCGGUGGCCAAUUCGGACAUGCUAGAUACUACUUCGACUUCUACUUCGACUACUACUUGGCAAUUCGGACGCAGCUACCGUCUUUCGGACAUGUCUUCUAACAUCCACACCACAAGAUGGCGGCCGUGAGCACAGGCGUUUUGGCGCAAACCGGAAGUCCUCACAACUGUCUACCUUAGCAAAAGUUACGUGUUGUCUCAGGGCUAACGGAUCGACCGCGGUAAAAUGUCGAUUAUGUCGGAAAUAUAUCACUAAAACUGUGUCUUAGUUUGUGAGGUCGUUGUGUUUCGUAACGUUUUAGUGUGUUGACAUUUUAAUCUGCAGCGUCAUCGUUGAUGAGCGCGAAUAAAUCUGAGAGUUUUUGUGUGCUGAAGCGAGCAGCUCCUCUUGGUAAAUGUGGUCGUCUGUGUCUGCUCCUGUUUUAUAGCUUCUUUAUUUCUGUGAAUUUAGGGAGAUUAUAAUCGAUCUGAUUCGUGGAUUUGUUUUCCUGCACUAAUUUCCACUUUAAAUGGAUGAGCACAAGGAGAAUAUUCAGACUAAAGACGUCAAUGUGAAGAUGUCAAAGACAGGAGAAGAGGAGGAGGAGAAGGAAAAGGUUGGUGUGAUUUUAUUCUUUUGUUAUCAUCUAACAAACCAGAUUUCAGUUGUCAGCUUUUGGGGAUCUUAAAAUUUAUGUAAUUCAUCCCAUUACAAAGAUGUUCUAAACCAGAUCAUCUACAGUGGAAAUAUCUUGGAUCACGACUUUUUGUUUUCCAUCAGUAACACUCCGAUCAGAUAUUUAUCCUUAUUUCCCAAUUCAAGAUCCUUUUGAUUUAACAGCAGCAUAUUUACUAAUUUUGCGUAUACAUAUAUAUUUUUAUUAAAACAAGGACGGAUGAUCAGCUUUGAAACUACUCAUAGAUCGAUUAAUCGGUCAGCUGAUUAAUGAGCACAUCAAUGGCAUUUUUGAAAUAAUCGGCACAAUAUCUGUAUCGGCACAUACGAAGCCGAUAUCAUUAUUUUUUCUAAAUGAAAUAGGUCAUUUUUUUCCCAUCAUCGGCAUAUUAAACAUUCUUUUUCGUCAUGUCACCCAAACUAAGCUUACCUUGAAUUUGGUAAAUGUAAAUGUCUGGACAGAGGUCCCAUAGUUGCCUGCAGUGAUAGUUAACUGAGACAAUAUUUUACAAAAUGUUUGAAAUAAAAGAAUUAAACUCAAGUUCAGCUAUUUUUUUCUCAUUUGUCAAUAAUUGUUUUUUUUUUUUUUUUUUUUUUUUUUAAUAAGCGAAAAUGUGAUAUUGACAUCAUAAAUCGGCCAUCCGCAAACCAACCUGCUCUUGCAUUAUCAGUAUUGGCAUCUGCUGUUAAAAAAACUGUUGACCACUAUUUAAACUAAGGCCCGACCAAUAAAGAUUUUUUAGAUGCCGAUACUGAUUAUUUGGGGGGUCUGAUUACUGAUUCAUCAGCCAAUUUUUGAAAAUUUUUAUAAGGUAAAAAAAAUUUGUUAAUUUAAGUAAUAUAUCUAAAUAUUUACUUUUUUAUAUAAAUGGCUGCUUUUGAGCCUUUCUAACACUUCUUUAAAGAAUUAAAGACAGAAAACUCUAUCAGUUCACUGUAGGUGACUAUUUUUAAGAAUGAGGUAUAAAAACAACAUCACUCUCAGAUUGUCUCAGUAUGUAUAAUGUGCUCGUGUUUCUUUAACCUUCCAUGUCUGAUGCUGUUCCUCCACAGACAAAUACCUGUGACAGGAUUUGUCCAGCAGAUGAAUCUGCUCCUCAGGUGUCCCCGUCUCAGUCCAACAGUGACUUCAGCCAUCCUGUGUACAAAGAAAUCGCUCUGGCUAACGGACACAUCAACCGCAUGUCAAAAGACGAGCUGAGGAAGAAGUUAGCAGAGCUGCGGCUUGACACGAGGUGAGUGUUAAUACAGUAUAAAAAUAAACAGAUUUAACACUCAAGUUGACCUGGUUCAGUGUAGGCCAGCUGUGAGAAUAACCUUCAUUAAACUGAUCUGUAAUAUUGUAUUCAGAGGUGUAAAGGAUGUGAUGAAGAAGAGGCUGAAGAGUCACUACAAGAAGCAGAAGCUUAUGCAGACUGCAGCAGAGGGAGGACCCACUGACACCUACUAUGACUACAUCUGUGUGGUGGACUUUGAGGCUACAUGUGAGGAGGAUAAUCCUGCAGACUUUCACCAUGAAAUCAUCGAGUUCCCCCUGGUGCUCAUCAACACGCACACGCUGGAAAUCGUAAGUCGAGUUUGUGUUCAUGUUGGGUUUUAAUCUGCAGGGUGAGUUCGGGGGGUCUGACUGUGUCUCACUACUUUUAUCUUGAAGGUGGACUCCUAUCAGGAAUAUGUUAAACCAGAGCUGAACCCGCAGCUGUCAGACUUCUGUGUGAAGUUAACAGGAAUAACACAGGUUGGUAGAGCUUGGUUUACUUGAUAUGUGCGUCUCUUUAAAUCUAUCAUCGUCUGUGAAUUGAAAGUGUUCUUGUUGGGCAGAAAAUGGUGGAUGAAGCGGACACGUUUCCAGCUGUACUGCAGCGGGUAGUGGACUGGCUGAGGGAGAGAGAGCUCGGGACAAAGUACAAAUACGCCAUCCUCACUGACGGGUGAGUAACACUCCAGUGACAGCUGCAGAUCUCAAACUGAACUUUGUUCUUUAGAGAGUUUUUAAUGAAUUCUUAAUCAACAGCUUUGGUUUUCUUCCUCCAGGGCCUGGGACAUGAGCAAGUUCCUCAACAUCCAGUGUCGGAUCAGCGGCAUCAGAUACCCUCAGUUUGCAAAGAAAUGGAUAAACAUCAGAAAGUUAUACGGAAACUUCUACAAGGUUUGUUUUAUUACUGAUUGUUAUCAGCCAUUUGAGUUGAUAGGUGUGAUUUUUCAGAAGAUGGAUCUAUUUAUUGUUCAGGGUCCAAUCAAUCAUGUUAUGUUCUUUUGAUCCCUUUAACCAUCUGUGUUUCUCCCGCAGGUUCCCCGCUCACAGACCAAGCUGAGCACCAUGUUGGAGAAACUGGGUCUGAAGUACGAAGGUCGCCCUCACUCCGGCCUCGAUGAUUCACGUAACAUCGCCAGGAUAGCUCUACGCAUGCUGCAGGACGGCUGCCAGCUGCGCGUCAAUGAACGCAUCCACGCCGGCCAGCUGCUCUCCGUCCCCAGUUCCGCCCCUGUAGAGGGAGCGCCGCCUCCACACGGCCCCCACAGCAGGAAUUAAAAACACAAACUGAGGCUACUGCACACAGAGAAACCAAACAUGUGUCUCCACUCUUAAACUCCAAGAUUUCAGGAGAGAAAGUAGGCAUACACUUCUUUUUAGAGUGUUUGGAGAUCUCAUUGGUGUUGGAGUUGGACUAAAAGGGGUCAGUGCUUGAAUUUAAGAUUCAUCAGUGAUAUAUUUUUACACCAGACGUCUAAAACAAAGAUCAUUCCGGUGUUUAUUUUCUCCUUUUUCUGGGGAGGACGUCUUCCUCGACAAGCUUCAGCGUAAACCUCCCUCACUCUGCCUUAUCGAGCUGCUAUUAUCCAUCAAACAGCUGAAUUCAAAAGCUUUUCUUUAUGUUUUGAUUUUGUUUCAGGUGUUUUUUUUUCCUUAGCACAACAGAAAAAUGAAACUUUGAUUGUCAUUCUUGAGACGUAAGAAUUAAAAACACGCUAUUGUCAACCUUGUCUUAAAA